GCAUACAUCACACUUGAAAUUCUUUUGCAGCAAAUUUGUUUUAAAAUACCUAACAUGAUUUGUUCUUUUGGUUUAAAAAGUUUAAAAGAAGCUAGUAUAUUGUUUGGUUGUUUGAUUAUUAUUUUUCAAGUAAGGAGUUGUAAUACGUUAGUUUACACAGAGCGUUCAGCAUAUGGGUGUUUUGUAGCAAUUGCAGUGCCAUUGAAUAUUCCUCACCAUAAUGCCUUCGUUUCUUAUAAUUUUGAAACCGCUUACGGCUUGCCUAAGGACCCGAAAGUAUAUCUGCCAGGUACAAGUGGAUAUGAAGUUUUUGGUACAAAAGAAGAUUUAAAUAAAAAUAAUACGGUAGUAGAAGUUUUGCAUGAGAACAGCCGAAAAGAGUCUGAUUCAGCAAGAAGCGUUUUGCAAAAUAAAAAAUCAAAAAAUGAAUCAGAGGGCAAGCCAUUGAUCAAGAAACGGGCUAUUUAUCAGAUGCUUCAGGAUAAGUUGAAAAUGUCAGGCUUUAAAGGAGAGCAUUGUUUGCUUAAACUUAUUUGCGAAGUUAAUUCGUCUAUGAUUGGAAGAAAUAAUGGAGUCUUGGGAACAAUUUUACACAUUCUAAUAUCUCCAAGUUCUUCAGCAAACGAGAAUCUUCCUAAAAAAUAUUACAAAGCUGAAUCAAAUGGUGUAAUCGGAGAUUGUUUCAAAUAUGAUAAAAACUGUCCUUACAGUUUACUAGAUAUAUUUUCUGUUCCAAUAGAGAGCCUUUUAAAAAAACACCUUAAUACAUACAUUUCUAAAUUAAAUUAUAUUGACUAUUAAAAAAUCACUGUCACACAAAAAUUAUUUUUUUUUAUUGUAUUUUGGGUUCACAAAGUAAAAAAAUAAAUUAGUACUGUACAAAUUAAAAAUAACAUAAAGCACGGGAUUAUUUAACCUAAACAACGA